AUGUCCUCAGCAGCAAUUCCCAAAACCACCAAAGCCUGGACCAUCGAAGGCCAGGAUGGCUUUGAGAGCUUGAAGCUCAAUAAUGAGGUUCCAAUUCCAGCUCUCUCUGAUAAUGAAGUUCUCGUCAAAUUCCAUGCUGCUUCUCUCAACUACCGCGAUUUGAUUAUUCCGAAAGGAAUGUACCCCUUUGCCCAAAAGAAAGACGUAGUCCCGGGCUCUGAUGGAGCAGGCGAAGUCAUCGCCGUGGGCAGUAAAGUGACUCGCUUCCAACCAGGCUCCAAAGUCGUCACCCUCUUCAACCAAGGCCAUCUCAGCGGCUCCCUCGACACCCAAACCAUCGCCACCGGUCUCGGCGGUGUCAUUGACGGUACCCUCCGCCAAUACGGAACCUUCAACGAAGCCGGCCUCGUCGAGAUGCCCGAAUCGCUAAACUGGCUUGAAGCCGCCACGCUCUCUUGUGCUGCUUUAACGGCGUGGAAUGCUUUGUAUGGACUCAAGCCAUUGGUACCGGGCGAUGUAGUCCUCACUCAGGGAACAGGCGGAGUUUCGAUCUUCGCUGUCCAGUUCGCGAAAGCUGCUGGUGCAACAGUCAUUGCGACGACCUCCUCGCCAGAAAAGGAAGCAAUCCUUAAGAAGCUCGGCGCGGACCACGUAAUCAACUACAAAGAGGUUUCCGAAUGGGGCGAGAAAGCUGCAUCUCUCACUCCCAAAAAGCAAGGUGUAACUCACAUUCUCGAAGUCGGUGGUCCCAAAACGAUGGCCCAGAGUCUGAAGGCUGUGAAGAUUGAUGGUGUAAUUUCAAUUAUUGGGUUCCUUGGGGGAAACGCGAAGGAGCAGCCGAGUUUCUUGGAUGCGUUGAGUAAUUCUUGUAUAGUUAGAGGUAUAUUGGUGGGGAGUCGACAGCAGUUUGAGGAUAUGAAUAGGGCGAUUGAGGCGAAUAGGAUUAAGCCAGUCGUGGAUGAGAAGGUCUUCACGUUGGAACAGGUAAAAGAGGCAUACCAGUAUAUGUGGGAACAGAAGCAUUUUGGAAAGCUUACUAUCAAGAUUGAGUAA